AGAGAGCUCGUUCUGUAUCACCGCUCACUGGUAAACUCCUGGAGCGAAGCCACACGUGUCCUUGUACCCUCGGGGCUCCUUCUCUGCUGAGCUCCUCGCAGGCUUAGUGGCCCUUGUCAGUCCCACCUCUUGACGCUGCUGCUCCUCCUCCUUUGCCUCCGGCCUUCUGGGCAAUUGCCCAGUCUGAGUCUCGGCCUGGGAGAUCAGAUUCCAGCCUUCUCGUGGGAGCAGUAACGUCUUCUUCCUUCCUCCCAAUCUCCAGAAAUGUCUUUUCUCCAGGAUCCGAGUUUCUUCACCAUGGGGAUGUGGUCCAUUGGUGCCGGGGCCCUGGGGGCUGCUGCCUUGGCUUUACUCCUGGCCAACACCGACAUGUUUCUAGCCAAGCCCCAGAAAGCAACACUGGAGUAUCUGGAGGAUAUAGACCUGAAAACAAUAGAGAUGGCACCAAAGACUUUCAAAGCAAAGGAGCUCUGGGAAAAGAAUGGAGCUGUGAUCAUGGCCGUGCGGAGACCUGGCUGCUUCUUAUGUCGAGAGGAGGCAGCUUCCCUGUCAGCUCUGAAACCCAAGCUGGAGGAGCUGGGCGUUCCCCUCUACGCAGUGGUGAAGGAGCAGGUGAAGACGGAGGUGAAAGACUUCCAGCCUUACUUCAAUGGAGAAAUCUUCUUGGAUGAUCAGAAGAAGUUCUUCGGUCCUCAGAGGCGCAAGAUGAUGUUUAUGGGAUUUGUCCGGCUGGGAGUCUGGUACAAUUUCUUCCGUGCCCGGAAGGGAGGCUUCUCCGGAAACCUGGAAGGGGAAGGCUUCAUCCUUGGGGGAGUUUUUGUGGUGGGAGCAGGAAAACAGGGCAUUCUUCUUGAGCACCGAGAGAAAGAAUUUGGAGACAAGGUAAACUCAGCUUCCAUUCUGGAAGCUGCUAGGAAGAUCAAACGACAGACUUCAUCAAUCUCAGCGAAUAAGUGAUUGUGUGUUUGGCUCAGCUCAGGAAUAACCAAGGGCACUUAGUGGGGUCCAGGAGCUGCGUUAGACUUCCACUCUCGGCACUAAAGCAUAGAAACCUGCUUAGAUGAUGGUCUCAUCGGGCAUCAGUGACACCCUGUGCUCUCUCUAGGUGCCCAGUGUCACCAUAUGGCCCCCAAACAAGACUGAUAAAGAUCUGAAAAGCUUGUGAGGGUUCUUACAGCUAAACCAUGGAACACAUAAGGCAUAAAGUUGAAUGUUGCAUCUCAUUACAAAUACAUGUGGUGUUUGAGUGCCAUUAUUUGAAAUUAGUUUUAUCUUCAUAUCUUUAGAAAUCUAAGAAGACUUGAUGAUUGACUAAAGAUUAAGGAUGUAAGGUUCCUAUGACUUGUAUGAUGUUUAAGUAAUAUUGGUAUAAAAGGAAUUGAUUGAUGCUCUUGAUUACUUGAUAAUGGUAAAUUAUAAAAGGAAAACUGCAUUCCUUGUCUCCCAUGGGUUUUUCUAGGAAAAUUAUCAUAUUUUGCUCCAAUGAAAUGAUGCCUCGGAAAUUACCUGUAAAUACAAGUUUUUCUAGUAAAACUUGCAAUAAAAAAAAUAUUUACCACAA